AUGCUGGGUUCAGGGGGGAUUCCUCUGGCCAGGAAGAUGUGUUAUGCUGUGGGUGGGGUCCCCAAUCAGAUUACCUCAGUAGCUAUCGGUAUUUCCCUGCAGAUUUUCCUUCUGGAUGUUGUAAAGAUGGAGGCCUCCUAUGUUUCCAUGAUUUUAUUUGUGAGUCGGGCCUGGGAUGCUGUGACUGACCCCCUGGUUGGAUAUCUGGUGAGCCGCAGUAACUGGACGCCCAUUGGCAAACUCACUCCAUGGCUGGUUUUUUCCACUCCAUUUGGCAUCCUGUCCUAUCUGCUGCUGUGGUUUGUGCCACAGGGCUUGAUGUCUGAGGCUGUCAGCGUGCUGUGGUUCCUCACAGCAGCCUGCCUGUUCGAGACCCUCAUGAGCUGCUACAACAUCCCCUACCUGUCACUGAACAUGUUUCUGGGAGGACAUCAGAGAGACAGGGACUCUGCCAUAGCCUACAGAAUGAGUGUGGAGAUGGUGGCAAUACUGCUGGCUUCAGUAAUUCAGGGACAAGUUGUGGCUGUGUACAAUACAGAGAAGCAGGAGGCCUGCAAGGACUGGGACCAGUACCAUGAAACAACUCAAAGCUCAUCUUCACCACAGGCUGCUUCCCUUCAAGAGACGCAAAAGGCUUUCCUGACCUCAGCUCUGGUCCUGGGGGCCUUGUUUUUCCUCUGCAGCCUGGUUUUGUUCCUGGGGGUGGAGGAGCACCAGGGGGAGUCACACAGAGACAUACGACCUUCCUAUGUGAACUCGCUGAAGAUGCUGAUGUGCCACGUUCCUUACCAAAGGCUGGUGCUGGGCUUCAUGUUCAGUGCCUUUGCAUUUCAAAUGUCCUUGGGCAAUUUUGCACUGUUUUGCAGUCAUGCUGCUGGGCUGGGAGCCCAUUUCCAGCACCUCCUGCUGGUUUUACUGGUUUCUGCUUCAGUAGCAGUUCCUCUGUGGCAAAUAAUUCUUCUGAGAAUUGGGAAAAAGUCUACAGUUUUCAUCGGACUGUCGCUCUUCAUCCCAGCGGUGAUUAUAGUUGCCUGUGUUCCCAGUAACCUGCUGGUCUUCAUGAGUAUGUGCGUUCUGAUGGGAUUCAGUGUGGCAACCAUAUUCCUGCUUCCCUGGUCAAUGCUCCCAGACGUGGUGGAUGACUUUGCUGUAAGACACCCCUCCUGUAAGGACCUGGAGCCUCUGUUUUUCUCCUGCUAUGCGUUCUGCAGUAAGCUGGCAGGAGGACUGUCGGCUGGACUCUCAACCAUGACAUUACAGUUUGUGGGCUACGAAGCAGGUGCUUGUAACCAUGGUGACAGAGUGGUGAUGGCUCUGAUCGUACUGUUCUCGCCAGUUCCCAUCACACUUCUGCUGAUAGGGAUGGUGUUUUUUCACUUCUACCCAAUUAACGAGAGGCGAAGCUUGCAGCUCCUGGAACAAAUCCAUUCAGAAGCUACAUCAUCUUCAGAACUGAGAGAAACCACAGAGCUGCCAACAGUUGUCCAUCAGGCCCACGCUGGAGUCGCAUCAACAUCACGUUACGACUCAAAGACCAACACAUUAAAAUUUCAGUCCUCACCACGCUGUUACAGUCGGGAUAAAAAAUGUUCAGUCAAGUCAUCUGCUCAUUCAAAUGUGUCAAACAGACCUUUUGGAAAUGGGAGCAGGCCUAAAUCACACCCUCGAUGUCAUGAACAUACUUUCAACCCUCAACAGUGCUCAGGUGAGGCCAAGCUGGGCAGAAAUGUUCCUGAGAAUCAUUCUGAGUCUGCCUCUAACAGGUCACAUGUGAGAUCCAAAGAGUCAUGGGUUUAG